AUGCUUUUAUACAAAAUUGAACGUGUUUGUGAUUCCCAAUUGUUAUCGUUAUACAAAGUUUUUAAUCAACAAUUGUUUAUUGGAAAAAUUGAAAAGGAAUUGAAAAAGAGAUUGGAAAAGGCUGGGGAAAAGUUGGAGAGGUUAAACAAUUUGAAGAAGGAGUCGAUGGAAUUGGAUAGUCGAGCAAGAAGAGAAGAAAAGAAAAAGUUUGGGGAGGAUAAGGAAGAUUUGGAAGAGGAAAUAGACGAGUUAGAGGGAGAAGCUAGAGAAGGAUAA